UUCCCGUCUUCUUUUCUUUCUCUUUUGUAACAAACAAUACAAUACACGCUUCCUUUUUUUUUUCAGUCUUCAAACGCUACUUUUUUUUCUCUUCUUUCUCCUUGAAAUCAACUAAUUUAACUUAACUCUAGUCCAGUCAAUAUAUACUUAGUAAUAUGUCCACCGAACGUGAAAACAAUGUCUACAUGGCCAAACUUGCCGAGCAAGCGGAGCGUUAUGAUGAAAUGGUCCAAUAUACAAAGGAUGUUGCAAAGUUGGAUGUCGAAUUGACCGUUGAAGAACGUAACCUCUUAUCUGUUGCUUAUAAGAACGUCAUUGGUGCUCGUCGUGCAUCUUGGAGAAUCGUGUCUUCCAUUGAGCAAAAGGAAGAAAGCAAAGGCAAUGCUGCUCAAGUUGAAAAGAUUAAGGCUUAUCGUCAAAAGAUCGAAUCUGAGCUUCAAGAAGUCUGCAAGGAUAUCUUGGAAGUUUUAGACAAGCAUUUAGUACCCGGUUCUCAAGGUGGUGAGUCCAAGGUCUUUUACUACAAGAUGAUGGGCGAUUAUCAUCGUUAUCUCGCUGAAUUCCUUACCAGUGAGGCUCGUAAAGAAUCAGCUACCAAAGCUCACGAAGCCUACAAGACAGCAACUGAAAUUGCCCAAACAGAAUUAGCCCCUACUCACCCCAUCCGUCUCGGUCUUGCCCUUAACUUCUCCGUGUUCUAUUACGAAAUCCUCAACUCUCCUGACCGUGCUUGUCACCUUGCCAAGCAAGCCUUUGACGAUGCUAUCGCUGAACUUGAUACUCUCUCUGAAGAAUCCUACAAAGACUCUACUCUCAUUAUGCAAUUACUGAGAGACAAUCUUACUUUGUGGACUUCAGAUUUACAAGAUGAAACUGAUAAGGCUGACGAAUCCAACGCUGAACCUGCCGAAUCCAAGUAAAAGAAUUACUGUGAUACACAACUACUAUAACUGCAGUAAAGUCAUCACAUGUAUACUUUUUUUCUUUCAAUGGAAAAAGAGCAGAAUGAAGAAGACCCUUAAAAAAAAAGAACAAUUUAUUUACUUUUUACGCACUAACUCAUGUCAAAACAACUUAUUACACUCUUGAAUUCUUGAAGUCUCCGAUAAUCUAUAAAACGAACAAUUUAAUACAAUUUUAUUAUAAGCCAACGCAGACGUGAAUCUUUACUAUUUUCUGAUGUAUAGAGAGAGAGAGAGAGAGAGAGACCUGGGCUGGUUUACAGCAUUCAAAUCAAAAAUCUUCCCCCGCUCCCCCUCCCCG